CCAAGGUUAUAACCUGGGCUGUAAACCUCGGGACAGUUUAGAAGCAAGAGGGAAGGAAAUUGAGAUGAUAGACAUUGUCCCACUAGAGACUGCCUACCAGAACAGAGUUAAUGAUGUCAGAGAAGCACAGAAUUCAAAGCCAGACAUUUCUGUCAGUAAGAUGGGGUCUCCAAAGACUGAUGAUGACUGCACUUCUCAGAUAUCUACAACCACAGAAGGUUCAGAAGAUUUUGACACCACUAAGGGGAACCUAAGUCUUCUGGAACAGGCUAUUGCUCUGCAGGCAGAGCAGGGAUACAUCAUAAAGGGAACACACAAGGAAAAUGAAAGGAUCUUACUAGAAAAGCUAACUGCAGAAAAGCAGCAUUGCAAAAUCAUUGACAUUGGCAUCAGAAAGAAUUACUCCAGCAGAGAUUCUAUUAGAUCUGACAGAAAAGAAUCGAAGUGUCCAACUCCAGGCUGUGAUGGCAGUGGUCAUAUUACUGGGUUAUAUCCUCACCACCGGAGUUUUUCAGGCUGUCCUCACAAAAUGAGAGUGCCACCAGACAUCCUUGCUAUGCAUGAGAAUGUGCUCAGGUGUCCAACCCCAGGCUGCACAGGAAGAGGGCAUGUGAAUAGCAACCGCAAUUCACACCGAAGUCUCUCCGGUUGCCCAAUUGCUGCAGCAGAGAAACUGGCUAAAUCCCAGGACAAGCAGAAUGAGCUCACAAGGGUUGGACAAAGCUCAGACCAGAUGUUCAGGCCAAUGUGUCUGGUGAAACAAAUGGAGAUUGCUCAGUUCAAUUAUGGAUCCACACAGUCAGUCAGCACAUCCCAUACCACCAUAUCAAAAGAGCUGGACAAAUGUACUAAAGCGCCCUUUGAUUAUGCCAGCUUUGAUGCACAAGUAUUUGGAAAGCACACAGUAACAUCAAAAGUUCAAGAACGGGAAGCUGUUCAAUUUUGCGAAUCCAAACACUUUCCAAGUCCGGUGACUUCCUCCAGCCGACUGUCUAGUGCCUCUGUACAAAGCCCAUGCCAUUCCAGUAUCUACAAUUACAGUCAUGACACUGAAGCCACUCACAUAGCAGCUGCAGCUAUCCUCAACCUAUCCACACGUUGUAGAGAGAUGCCAGAGAACCUCUCCACAAAGGCACAAGAUUUGUCAACUAAGAAAGAAGAUAUUGGCUCAGAGGAAGGUAUGGAAGAGAGGAGAUACCCUGGUGAGGUUACUAUUCCAAGUUCUCAGUCCAAAAUUCUGAGCAAAGACUCUAAGAAAGAGCUCAUAACUUGUCCAACUCCAGGAUGUGAUGGUAGUGGCCAUGUAACUGGAAAUUACGCAUCACACCGCAGUGUGUCCGGUUGUCCUUUGGCUGACAAGAGCCUUAAGAGUCUUAUGGCAGCCAGCUCCCAAGAACUGAAGUGUCCAACACCUGGUUGUGAUGGCUCUGGUCAUGUGACUGGAAAUUAUGCUUCACACAGAAGCCUCUCUGGAUGCCCCCGUGCAAAAAAAGGUGGAAUUAAACUAACAUCCAGCAAGGAUGAUAAAGAAGACUCAGAAUUAGUCAGGUGCCCAGUGAUAGGUUGUGAUGGGCAGGGUCACAUAUCUGGCAAGUACUCAUCACAUCGCAGUGCAUCAGGUUGCCCUUUAGCUGCAAAGAGACAAAAGGAGGCUUCUCUGAAUGGAUCCCAAUUCCCAUGGAAAUCUGGCAAAGCUGAAGGUACAACCUGCCCUACACCAGGCUGUGAUGGAUCUGGUCACAUUAAUGGCAGUUUUGUCACUCACAGAAGUUUGUCAGGUUGUCCCCGAGCUUCCCUAGCACUGAAGAAAGGCAAACUGUCAGGGGAUGAAUUGAUGACCAUCAAGCUCAGGGCAAGUAGCGGAGCUGAAAACAAUGAGGAGAUCAAUCAUUUGGAUGACGAGAUUAAGGAGCUGAAUGAAUCAAACUUAAAAAUGGAAGCAGAUAUGAUAAAACUUCAGACCCAGAUUACUUCCAUGGAGAGCAAUUUGAAAACAAUUGAGGAGGAGAAUAAACUAAUUGAGCAGCACAAUGAGAGUUUGUUAAAGGAAUUAGCUGGUCUGAGUCAGGCCCUUAUUAACAGCCUCGCUGACAUCCAACUCCCACAAAUGGAGCCAAUCAGCGAACAGAAUUUUGAUUUGUAUGUGAACACUUUGACUGACAUGUACAGCAGUUUGGAGAGGAAUUACACUCCUGAAAGCAAGGCCCUUCUGGAAAGCAUAAAACAAGCAGUAAAGGGUAUCCAGGUGUGA